UUCAGACAAAAAAAAACCCUGCCAUUAGUUUAUUCAUGUGGCAGCCUUUAGGAAUAAUUAUAUUGGUGCUCUCUUACACAUUCCCGUGUAUAAAGGGCGAUCACAAUGUGCUGACCCAUGUGAAUCUUAAAGUAUUUUUCAAUCGAACUCUACCAUAUGGUAAAGCAACGAAUAUUGUUCUUACCGCCCAUGUGAUACCCGAGGAGACGGAGAUUGUGAUACGUCUUAACACAGAGAGUUAUCUCCUAGUUUACUGUAGUAUAGGCAAAGUGCACCAGGAAAUGCCACCAAAAUUUGAGAGGACACAUUCAAUCAGUCGGGAGUUGUCAAAUCUCAAUGUAAUAGCCGAUGAGCAAGUGACUUAUGAAGGAGGUUUCUUUGCUCGAGUAAAUGCAACAUUCUGGAAUAUAGAAGAUACCUCUAUGAAUCUACUUUUAAGUGUGCCCUCUAAAAGUUGGCUUACGGAAAGAACGAGAGUUAUACCAAUUCAAAUAGAGAAUACCAAUGCGGAUCCACGUUUGAAAAUGCUCAAGUGUCCAAAUCCUGACUUACCACGUUUUGUGACAGUUACCCGAAGUCUUCUAGUGCAAACAGUUGUGAUAAAAUCGAGCAAGAAGAGAAUCAAAACGAAAUAUCGUUGGCAACUAAUGGACUUGACGGGCAAGACCCGCUAUGCUACAUUCCACACCGACUAUAAUGUGAUUUUUUUGACGCGUUAUUCAUUGCGUUUCUAUACCAAAUAUGAGCUAUGGCGAAAUCAUUUAAUGCUCUAUGUCGAUGGAAAAUUCGAGGGUCAGAAAUUUGCUGCACGUUGCUAUCUAAAUGUUGCAAUGGGUCAAGUUGAAGCUGUCAUUGGUGGUGGCGCUGAACGAACUGCUCAGUAUUCCACAGGACUCAUCAUGGAUGGCUCUACGAGUCGAGAUUACUCCAAACGGGAAACGGAUAGACAGUUUGCAAAAUAUUAUUGGAAUUGUGAGUCUUUUGAAGACUAUAGAAAUCCUGCUUGCAUACGUAAUAUAUCAACGUUGCCACGAUUUAUAAUUCCUGCAUAUUCGUUUCGGCCAAAUUAUCAAUACGUUAUUCGUCUAUUGGUAGAAGCUGAUGAUAAUCCGACCCGAAAAUCUCGCAUGAUUCAGACCGUACAAAUGGUGGAAGAGCCUUUAAUCCAAGUGAUGAUAUAUUGUGUGUUCAAUUGUGCUUUGGAUAUGUACAGUCCGCAAUCGAAGGUGCGUCUAAAGGCCAAAUGUUUGGACUGUGGUGGGCAAACGCUCUCCUACCAGUGGUAUGUAAGUGGACAGCUUACUCUAACCACCGAGGAUUUGACCAUGUUUAUACGUAUUGUCGCCACGACGGCUGUAGUUCGAUUGAUCAUUCAGACUGAGGACGGGCGUAUGGGUCAACAGGUUAAGCAUUUCAAAAAGAAUCUGGGUCCCAUACUGGGGCACUGUUCAGUGAGUCCAACCACUGGGACCGAAGCUAUAACUGCAUUUUAUCCGUGCUGCAAAAAUUUCCAUACGAAUCAUUUGCCUGUGGAAUAUUGGUAUUAUGCUGGACGUGUCCUCCUUAAUAGUUGCUACGAUUGCUCCUGCGAGGUGCAUUUGCCAGUGGUCAGCGAGAUAAAGAUUCUUGCGUGUGAUAGCUUUCUGGCCUGCUGCACUUCCACAGUAAAAGUCCAGAUUGCGGCCUUGCAGAAUGUGACCGCAGACACUCCCGAAGAUGUGUGGAAUUAUCUUGUCAGCGAACCUCAUCAUGUAUUGAAUCUAGUGGAAGAAGGUUACUAUGUACGCUAUUUGCAAACCCUUCAAUCGGUCGCCGCACACAUUCACCAUGUCGACACGGCGAAUGAGUUAUUACGAGCCCUAAGUGUCUCAGAUACCUGUACACGUUCGUCUUUGGGAAAGUUGGCCAAUUUGACGCUAACAUUGGCCCGUCAAUUGAAGCCAAUCGAUCCACUCGAGCAUCGUAUGCUCACCUCGUUGGUGGAGUCCUUGAAUGACAAUUUUGCCUGUGUAUAUAAAUAUAAUAUGGAGUAUUUGCUGGUGGAGCAGCCAUUCAUUAAUGUCACCCAAGGUUGUGUCACGGUCUACGACAUAAUGAAUCGGCUUUCCAAGCAGGCGCCACGCCCACCGAAAUCCAUAUACAGUCAGUUUGUGGCAGCAUUUAAGAACGGAACUCUUAAUCAACGUAUAGUUGACAAAUUGAAAGAAGAGAUCAAUAAUUUUAAUGAUGAGGAUGCUAAAUUUCGCUCUUUGGUUUGGUUGAAUUCCAAAUGGCAAACUGAGCGUUUGUAUCGUUUUCUGGGUAUCGCCCGUGCUCAGGGACUUCAGCCAGAUGAAAAUGGUGAUAUUCUCUCCGAGGGCGUGGCUCUGGAAUUGCAAUGCUUUUACAUUGAAACGGAUCGGACAUAUUACAUAGAGACAAGUGAUAGUAUGCAUAAAGUGGAAUUUGAACCAGCAUUGCUGCAGGAGCUCAAGGAGGGCAGCGACAAUUGGAUUUGCCUUAAGGUAAUUUCUACAAUAAGAGAGCUUAACUGGUGGUAUCCAGAGGAGAAGCAGCCAAGUUCCGUUUUGCUAUCGGUUCGCAUAUUUCACACCGAUGACAACUUCAGAGUGGAAGUGCCCUUAAGGAAAAGUCACAUCCGGUUUACCACAAUCAUUGGCAAGUACAAGCCGGCCCAGGAUAAUCCGGAGGAUAUCAGCGAACAUCAAACAACUCGAAGCAAAGACUUACUUGAAGAUAAAAGUUACAUAGACGGUAGGGCGAGCAUCAAUUAUGACAGGAAGCAACUGCCAACUUUCAAAUCUAAAGAUAACAAUCAUGAAGAGUAUGAAGAUUUGGAAAAUAUUGAUCCUGAGGAGCGGGUCUCGGAUGUGGGAAAGUAUACAAAUGCGCUUGAGGAAGGCACUCUAACGUAUAUGCAAGAUGUCCUUAUGUAUCGCAUCGUAUUGGAGCAGUUAACACUGCUCGCUGUACGUUUCACAAAAAGUACCCAUAAACUUCAUGUUGCCAUGACAAUAAAUGAACCUCCAUUGUUCUCCGAAGUCUCGGCCUCCGAUUGUUUUGUACCGGAAAAUUUAACAAGUAAAACCCUUUUGUUUCGCAACAAUUGCUAUGAGGAUAAACGGGUAUAUAUGGCCGUCAGGGUAUGGGGAAAGAAUCCGCCGAAUCCGAAAACAAAGACCCUAGUGCCAAAUGGUCCAGCAGAAUUUUCUUUUAUCUUUCAAAUGCGAAGCUGUGAUUACUGGGUGUACUCCAAGCCAUUGGAUGAACGGUAUUGGGGUCAUGAUAGCUGUACCCCCUCCAUGAUUGUGAAUGUGAGUAAGGGUAUGCGAUGUACUUGCAGUGUUUUGGGUACAUAUACGAGCUAUGUUUAUACUGUGCCCGCCAUUGUUGUUAUUGUCGAUCCGUACGCCCAUGUGGAGAGCAAUCCUGCAAUUAUAAUUAUCUAUGCGUUUAUCUUAGCUGCCCUUGUGUUGUGGCUACUUUGGCUCUAUAUGUAUAAUAGUAUACCACCCAGCAAAACGGUUGUCUGUGAGAUGGUCGAUAUGGAGGAGACAUCAACGAGAGAUGUUCAUGACCUUUUGAUUCAAGUAAAGACCGGAGGGCGUGAUAAUGCCAACACAACGGCCUCGGUGCGACUCUCCUUUUUCAGUACACAGCGUCAGGAGUUGCAGUUCACUCUGAUGCAAGAUCCAGAGCAUCCGGAUCUGCUACGCAAUACUACAUACAUUUUAUGGCUUCGAACUCGGGAUAUACGGAUACCGACUAAAAUUGCAGUCUCUCAUAAUAAUAAUGGACGAUUUCCCAGUUGGUACCUACACCGCAUCGAAGUCUGUGAUGUCCAGACGCAAGAGACUCAGGUGUUUGUGGUCCGUCGUUGGGUGAAAACGAAGAUUUUAGUUUUGACAUCAUCGUUGAUCUUUAAGCGUGGUGAUGUCCAGUUCGUUGGCAGCUGGUUUCGGCGAUUUCGUGUCCAAUACGAAACUGUAUGGACCAACUGGGCUCUAUUUCAACCUGUAUGGGGCACUUGGCGAGAGACUAAUCAAUAUCCAAGCAUGUCACGGUUUAAACGCGUCUGUGUCUUUGUUUCAAAAAUGGUCAUUAUAUAUAGCAUUAUAGCUUGUGGUCAUGGACGUACCACUGUGGAAAGUUUGCAGAAGGAUCGUUCGGUUUUUGUGCCUUUUAGCGAAUGGUUGUUUUAUAGUGUGUUCUGCUAUAUGGCAGGCAUACUUGUGCAAAUGUUUUACGAAUGGAUAUUAUUACAAUAUGCUUGAUAUCAAAAAACCGCCAAGACUGUUAAAUCAGUGUUGUGCAAUAAAAAACACAAUUUAUAAUGUUGAGUGUUGCUAAACACGUUUUGUUAUCGGCUAGUUUGAUAUCGAAUACGAAUUUAGUGUGACCGCCCAAGUUGCAUCGAUAAAUGAAAUAUUUUCGCCACCUGGCCACUCUAUUUUACUCCCCCGUAAAAUUUCCACAAAAAAACAAUUCUAUUUUAAAGUGUUUUUUUUUUUUAAUAAAUAGAAGUAAACUUUAUACUGUA